AUGGUUGCUCGAUUCGGGAGACCAGUUCCACAACUUUACACGAUUACAAACCGAAUGAUGGGCUAUUUAUUCGAUGAAUAUAGCCACCUUCUCGCAGAUUUAAAUCAGCCAUGGCUUUCCAGGGACCGUCCCCGUCAUUUUGCUGCCACUAUACAUAAUAAAGGAGCUCCACUCAAAAACUGUUGGGGUUUCAUAGACGGAACAGUGGGAGCCAUAUGUAAGCCAGAUGAAAACCAAAGAAUUCUCUAUAACGGACAUGAAAAGGUGCAUGAGAUAAAGUUUCAGUCCGUAGUUGCACCAAAUGGGUUUAUUGCAAGUCUGUUUGGUCCAGUCAAGGGCAGGAGACACGAUAGUGGUAUGCUAGUCGACUCGGGACUUCUGCAAGAAUUAUCGCAUUACCUGUUUGCACCGGACGGGGGGAUGAAAGCCAAUGAGGGUGAAUGA